AGCUCAGCACCACAGUUUUACCACAGCACCACACCUGACCUGACACAAUGAUGUAGUAGCAUCAUGGCACCAUCUUCUCUUUGCAGCUGGCAUCUCGCUUCUCUUAUCAUUCCUGUCUUACCACAAAGAAAAAAGUAGCUCAAAACCCCACACUUUCCAUCGCCAUAUUUCAAUACUCAGGCCUCGGGACAGAAGAACUCAAGACCAGCAGAGCAGGUACUCCCUCCGAUGUACUCCAUAUACUACAUAUACUUGGCACCAUUUUCCUAUGCCAUUGCCAACCAUAACAUAAGCUAGAGCAGCAAGAACUAACACAAGCAAGCAUAAUACACUCACUGAUCAGUGACCGCUGGCGUGUCAUGACUACUGCAUCCUUCGUCACCUAUCAUCGGAAGCAUAGAGAGCUCCCGGCGCUGGAGUUCCGGGCACCGCCGCCGUCUCCCGUCACCGGCGUUCUCACAGGCGGUAGCUCGGGAUCACCCGAGUUCGGCGAGUUCCCCGAUGUCCGCGAAGACGACGAUGUAGGCAGGUUCUUGCGCCGCUCCGCCAGAGUGCCGGUGCUGCGGCUGCCGGAGAGAGCCAUGCCACGGAAGAAGAAGGAGGCAGCGGCGCCGGCGCCGGCGCCGGCGUGGGCCCCUCCGGUCAUCGACAUGCGUCUGCUGGCCUCCGGCGGGCCGGCGGUGGAGGCGCUGAGGUCGGCGUCCGUCUCGUUUGGCUGCUUCCAGGUGGUUGGCCAUGGGGUCAGUACGUGCUUGGUCUCAGCAUCAGCAGCGGCAAGAAGGGCGGGAUCGCCAGCGUCCGUGGAGAUGGAGGCCGGUGGAGAAGACCACGAAGAUGUCGAGGAGUCGUGGUGGUCGCCUGAUUUUGCUCUGUCCUCCAGGAACAGAGCAGACGAUCUGUUCACGCAGCUCGAGCGAGCCGCGGCCAAAAUCAUGGACGCACUGCAGCGAGACAGCGUUGGCGCCGGCGCCGCCGACUCCUUGGCCGCCGGAGAUGAUAGAGACGGCUCCUCGCUCCUCUGCAUCCGCACGCACCAUCGUAAGCAGCGCGAUGGCGGCAGCGGCUCUGGCCCUAUGACUAUGACUAUGAGCCAGGAAGACGUCCUGAGGAUGCUUGUCCGGAGCUCGCGCUGCCCGCGGGCUCUCGCCCUCCAACUCUGCCCCGGCGCCUCCACGUUCCACGUCUUCUCGGCCCGACGGGGAUGCUCCGGAUUCCGCCCGCUCGAAGGAGCCGUCGUGGUCACCGUCGGGGACCGGCUUCAGGCAUGGAGCAGUGGGCUCUACAAGAGCGUGGCCGGGAAACCGGCUUACGGCAACGAUGAUCUCCGAGGAGACGGCGGCGAUGAUGACGUCGUCUCGGUGGAGUUCCUCCACUCCGGCGCUUCGACCGGCACGGCCUGCAGGUGGCACCUGGCCGCCGAUGCCGGGAAGAUCAUCCCGUUGAAUCUGCAGAUGAUAGCUGCCGCUUGCCUCCUACUCGUUUACCACUUUCUUCUGGCACGCUUGUUAUAAUGCGAUUUGGUGAUCUUGAGCUGCCGCAGAAUUUGUUUCCUCAACAUGCAGCUCGGUUCUUUCAAAGGUUUUGGUUGGCUUUUGCAAAAGGUUCAAUGGAACCAGCGUGCCAGUUUGGGCCAGAA